AUGCCACACAAAGCUCUCAACAAGAGGUCAAGUCAUUUAUUUACUGCUAUAGGGAAAAACCAGCUUCCUCUAUCCGCUACUAAUCUCAUUGUAGAACACCCACGUACCUCCAAAUUUUACUUGUUACCCAAGAUGCACAAGCCUGGAAAUCCCGGUAGACCUAUAGUUUCCGCGUGUUCGUGCCCUACUGAACUUCUAGCCCUCUAUCUUGAUCAUAUAACGGCACCUUUUGUGCGGAGCCUAGACAGCUAUGUGAAAGACACCACACACAUGCUGAACAUCCUUGACUCCUUCCGUUUCAGGGACGUUGAUGCACAGCGUUUAAUUUUCACUAUGGACUGCAUCAAGUCGCUGUAUACGGUUAUACCAAAUGAUGGAGGUCUCUGCACACUGCAAUACUAUCUUGACAAGAGAGAGAUCCUUGAACCACCUACGGAUACUCUCCUACGCAUGGCUGAACUAGUACUGACACUUAACACCUUUGAAUUCAGUGGUGAAUAUUACAAACAAACAGGUGGAGUGACCAUGGGUAGUCGACUAGGGCCGAAUUAUGCCUGUCUUUUUGUUGGCCACGAGGAGGAACGCAUCCUUUCCAGCUAUACCGGUAUAAAACCAGACUUAUACAAGCAGUACAUGGAUGAUGUGGCCGGCGCUGCUUCAUGUAGUGAAGAGGACCUCCGUCAGUUCCUCGAGUUUGCUUCCUCGUUUCACCCUAACCUUGAAUAUACAUGGUCGGUCUCAACGGACAAACUUCCUCUCCUGGAUAUCUACAUGAAGCCUCAAGCUAAUCGCAUAGCCACUUCUAUAUAUUACAAAGCCACGGAUAGCCACUCUUAUCUCAACUUCAGUUCAUCCCAUCCUUACAGUUGCAAGUCAUCCAUACCUUAUAGUCAGUUUCUCAGACUGCGUAAGAUCUGUAGUGAUGACGCUAACUUCGACAUUGAGGCUGCAAAAAUGGAGACCUUUUUAGCAGCACGCGGAUAUCCGAAUGACCUCAUUAGAAGGGGAAGGGAACGAGCAUCGACCAAAUCAAGGGCUGAAAUUUUGAAGAGUGACGCUGCUAACACUGCUAACAACAUCGCUAAGGAUAGAAUACCCUUUGUCACUACCUUCCACCCCAGUAAACUAAAUUGUCGAGAAAAUAAUCUCGAGGAAUUUCCGGAUCCUUCGCGAGGACAGCAGGACAAGCAAGAUCUUUGA